AUGAACACCUAAAGUUAUCAGUUAGAACAAGUGUUAGAUAGAAUCAAUACUAUUGAAAUCAUUCAGAAGAAAAACAAAUAGUAAAUAGAAUUGAAUUAUCCUUAACAAAUUUCAGUUAUUGAAUCUUAAAUAAUUCAAUACCAAAAUCAGUUUUAAUAGUUGAUUGAAUAAUUAUUAAGCAUUAAAUCGGACAUAAAAUUAGUGUAUAAUUAAGAUGUCGAUCAAGACGAGGCAUUUUUAUAAAUGGAACUUCAAUAACUCAAUUAGGAAUUGCAUACUCAAGAAUUGUUGUUUUCUAAAUCCAAAAACGAAUGCGAAAUUAAGUUAUAAUAGUUUGACUAUGAAGAAAAUGCUAUUUUAAAUAGAAUUGAAACAAUAUCACAAGCUAUGAAUGAUUAUCGUAAUCAAAAGCCAAUCAAGGAAAAUAUUCCUCCCACAGAUUUACAUUCUAAACGCCAAUCAUUAGACAAUAGUAUUUUUGACAACAACAACAAAUCCAAUUUGAAAUAUUCUUGUCAUGAAAAUACAACUGACAGAAGUCAUUCCAGAUCUAGAUCAGCAUUGGGAGCAAAUUCAUCGUCUAAUUCGUUAAGAAACUUUUUGAAUUUCCAAAGUCCUUCCCAAUUAAAACGAACUAAACUUACUCUGAUUCAUAAUCAUUCCAACAGGAACUCAUAAAAAUAAUCAAUCAACUCUUCUGUUCAAAAGAUAGAUGAUACCACACUCUUGUCACCAAAUAAAAGUUUUAUUUCAAAUAAAAAUCAAUAAAUCUAACCUGUUAAGACUUUCAAAGUAUACAAAAGAACAGUGUAAAAUACUCUCAUUUAGAAACUGUAAGAAGUCAACAAUUACAUACCAAAGUUUGUUAAAUAUAAUGAAAAAAUGAAAUGCAUAGAGUUUUACAAUGCUAAUAGAAUUGGAAGUGAUUUGGGCGUGAAAGACUCAGCUUUGAAUAUCAAAUAAAUAGUUGGAAUAACACAAUAACUAGUUAAAGGUGUUAUUAAACAAAAUUUCACUUUCUAUGGACUAUUUUUAUUACUCCAAAAAAAUCAGAAAGUAGAAAUUCUAUUUGCUAAAUAAGAAGAAUUAAUUUAAUUCUUGAACAUCUUAAAGUGA